ACCACCUAUCCGCAACCAAACAUUAAAAUAGUUUUUUAGCCACCUAACACAUCUCCUCAAAUGUAGCACUAUACUACUACAAGAACAUAUAAUACUAAAGAUUUUUAGUACACACAUCAUUAUGUAACCAUUUCCUCCUUACCUUUCUUCUUCCCACCACAAUUAUUCGACAAACCUUGAAAGCAACCAAACACCCCAAUAAAAGUAAGCACGUAGCCAAUCUUAAUCCCUCAAACUUCUUACCCUUACGUGUACUCCUUCCAUUUCUCCAAAUUUAUCCCUUCCUAUUAAAUCCUAAACCAAACAAAUCUCUUUAUCCAAACAAUAAUAAUAGCUAGCCUCCUCCAUCUUGAUGAUUGGUUCCAUGGUUACUGCGCGUGCAGUGCAGUGCGAGGUCCAACAGCCACGGCAAGCACCGAGGCUGGGGCCUGAGUUGCCGAGCAGCAGCACGGAUCAGGUGAAGAUCGUGCUGCAGCCUCGGCUGUGCACUUUGAGAUCAUACGCGUCUGAUCGUGGGAGUGGGGUUAUUAGGACGACGAUCAUCCCGAAAUCAAAAGAUGGAUCAGGAGGAGUUGGUGAUGGAAUUGGUUGUGUUGAUGAAGAAGAAUUAUUGUCUCCGUUUUUGGCGAAUUUAUUCGAGUAUGUUGAGAGUAGUAAGAAAAGUCAGGAUUUUGAGAUCAUCACUGGUCGUCUUGCUAUGAUUGUGUUUGCUGCUACAAUUGGCGCGGAAUUAGCAACGGGCAACUCCGUAUUUAAAAAGAUGGACAUGCAAGGCAUUACAGAAGGUGUAGGGGCAUGUUUUGCUGCAGUAACAUGUGCAGCAGCUUUUGCUUAUUCUUCAAGCGCAAGAAAAAAGGUUGGUCGCAUUUUCACCAUCAGUUGCAACGCUUUCUUCGAUGCGCUCAUCGAUAACAUUAUCGAUGGCUUGGUUUACGACAACGACGAGGAUGAUCGGUCAGACGAUAAAAUUCUAUAAUUGCAUGAACAAUGUUAGAUUACUUAGAAAUUAAACCUUCGAUCUAUUUUACACCAAAUUUUUAGUUUUUGAUGUAUAUAAAUUUAUAUACUACAUUUAAGAUUAGAUACUUUAGUAUGUAUAGUAUAUUUUUUCUGUUCCUCUGGCAUUGUAUGGACUAAACUAAAACUUAAAGUAACGGAUGGGUAAUUGAGUUCAUGA